AUGUCAGAAACCUCUUUACAAGCGAAUCAAACCCCUAAAGACGAACAGUCGUCAUCCAAAAUACCAGAAUCUGUAAAGAAAAUUAUAGCAAUGGAAAAGGAGAACGAAACUAACGCUAAUCGAAAAUCCAGAAUUGAUCUGAAUGCAUUACCCACUCGCCAGUACCUGGACCAAACCGUCGUCCCUAUAUUAUUGCAAGGACUGUCAGCGUUGGCCAAAGAGAGACCACCAGAUCCCAUAAAUUAUUUAGCAGCCUAUUUACUCAAAAACAAAAACACAUUUGAUAAUAAUAAUUCCGGAUCUAAUAAUAAUCCAACACCAAAUCCACAAACAUAG